AAAUAAAUUAGAGUUAUAACCAAUCAGCAGUGAGACAGAGUUGUAGACGUCUUAACGCGCAUACAUGAUGCAUCGAACAAGAAACAUGGCGGCCUUCUGCAGAUCUUUCUCCCGAACACUUUUGAUGAAGAAUUUUUGGCGGCUUAGUUCUUCUCCAAAACUCUUCAAAAGCACGUUUUCGUAUAGCUUAUUAACGAAGAUGCAUGGACAGGCCAAAUUCUCCAGAAAGUCGACCAUUGAGGCGACAUUUGAGGCGAAUGACACAGACUGUGGGGAAAAUGUGGUCAGUGCCAGCACAAAUCCCCAUUUUGUUCACCCAGACGAACGAACGAUAUUUGUGGCCAAAUUAAAUCCCAUAGCAACGAAAAAAUCACUCAAGGAUUACUUCGCUCAGUUUGGAGAAGUGGAAGAGGUUUUUAUGAAACCUCCUAGGAAGUUCAAACAAAUAUGGCCGUAUGCACAUGUGCAGUUCAAAGAUGUGUCUAGUAUGGAAAAAGUUCUCACUCAAAGGCAUUUCAUUCACAUGAGAUAUGUUCAAGUGGAUCCAGCUUUUAAUAAAUACUCUCCAAAAAAGAUUUGCAUCUACGAUGUUCCAGAGAACUUGGAAAAGACAGUGUUAAAGGCACAUUUUUCACAGUAUGGAAACAUUAAAAAAGUUGAGGAGUUUUACAGGAUAAAACCUUACUACUGUUUUAUCAAGUUCACAACAUCAGACGCGGUGCUAAAAGCUCUAGAGAGACCCAUUGUCAAGAUUGGUGAUAGCGAGGUACUUGUGAAGAAGUGCAUUGAAAAUGCCCAAAAGACCCAUGUGAAGAGGAGAGUCUUUAUAAAUGAUGUUCCAGAAGGACUAACAUUGGAACAUUUGAAAGAUUACUUUGGAUAUUUUGGAAGUUUGGCAUUUAUAGAUAUGAUUUUUUUGCGUAAUCAUAAAGAGAGAAGAGACAUGGCAAUGGUGGCAUUUUUUGAUGAUGCUCCUGUCAAAAAGAUAGAGAAAACUAUGAUGCACUCAAUUAAUGGAGAGGAGGUGAGAGUACAGCGAGCCACAUCUCUGGAUGGGAAUAAGGAGCGUCAUGUGCAAAUCUUUGUGGACAAGAUUCCAGGAUGCGUAAAGAGGGAAGAGCUCACACACUAUUUUGAAGGAUUCAACAAUGAUGUUAUCCACAUAAGCACAAAGAGGUGGGGAGCAGAAAGAAAUUUUCAAAGUGCAUUUAUUAAAUUUAAGAAAAGAUCUACAGUUCACAAAAUUAUGGCUAGAGGUGAACAUUCUAUUGGUGGUAGACACUUUAUUGUUAAAAGGUUUGGAUGGAGUGCUGAAAGGCGCUAAAUUACAAUUAAGUUAUAUGGGCAUUGUGUGUUUGUGAAUUUCACAAUACAGUUGAACCUGGAUUAUCCAGACUUUUUUCUCUGGUCCCAAUUUUUCUCAUGAUUAUUAAUUAGUUGUGAUCUUGAAAACUCAAGAGUCACAAAAAGCCCACUAAUCCUUUCAAAAGACUGUUGAAACAGCGUAUUAUCCUGUCCGCUUUUCAAAAUUCGCAAGUGCGACAAGACAAAGAAAUAUUCUGAUGCGUUAUUUGAAAAUACAGACAAGCUGUGUAGAUAUCACAAUUAAAAUGUUUUCUUUGCUGUAUACCUUUUGUUUACAUUUCUAUCUCAUUAGUAUUUAUAUUUUUGAUUGU